UCAUUUCAUCUGACAGUUGAGAAAGUUUGCUUUUGCCAGGUUUUCGAAAAAAGGGAAAAUACAGUCGUGCAUAAAUUCAAGAGAAAAAUUUGCUCCGCUAGCCGAUAGGGGCAGCUGAUAUUAUACUAAAACUUUCGAUUUUAGGCGCAGUCUUCCAACGCUUGAAGUUUCUACAGCAAAAGGGAUCAUCAAACCUCGAUUUCAAAGAAAAAUAAUACGAUACAAAACAGUACGGUAUAAUCGAAGGAAAAUCCAGAAUGGGUUUCUUUUUGACUCAGAAGAUCGUUCGUCAGUUGCGUCCAGUCUACCUCCAACUUUCUGUCCGGUGUUUCUCGCUUUCAGAUCAGUACAACACCCGGUUGGCCGAAGUCGGGAAAUUGGAACUGCCCAAGGCACAGGGUAAAUACGAAACCGGCCAGCUGUUCUUGCAUCGUGUAUUUGGAUACCGCGGCGUUAUACUGUUCCCAUGGCUAGCAAGAGUAUACGAUAGAGAUCUUCCGGCGCAGAACAAAUCCGGCCAAGGAGAGCCCAGUUCUGGGACUGACAACAACACAGAGGCUGUAGCAGCACCAACGGCGGCCGCAAAAACCGAAAACACUUCGGCUGCUCCGCCGAACACGAACAAAGAGGUACAGAAAAAAACGCACACUUUCUACCAGGUGCUUAUCGAUCAAAGAGACUGCCCGUACAUUCGGGCCCAGACGGAAGCCGUCACUUUUCUGGGUAAUCAGGAAUCGAGUCGCAGCUUGUACGCCAUACCCGGGUUGGAUUACGUUGCUCAUGAAGAUAUACUACCUUAUAGUUCCGGAGAGCAGCAUCCCCUGCAGCAUGAACUGUUUGAUAAGUUUCUUGCCCAUCAACCGGAUAAAGAUCCGCCGUUUAGUGCUCAGGAUACGUUAAGAGCAUGGCAAAAGAAAAACCACCCCUGGUUGGAACUUUCCGAUGUGCACAAGGAAACAACCGAAGGAAUACGAGUUACGGUUAUUCCAUUUUAUAUGGGCUGCCGUGAGACGCCGGCUGCUUCCGUUUAUUGGUGGCGCUACUGCAUCCGCCUAGAAAACCUUGGCGAGCUGAGCGUUCAGCUAAGAGAACGGCACUGGAGAAUAUUUUCCCUGUCUGGUACGCUGGAAACGGUCCGAGGUCGCGGUGUAGUUGGUCAGGAACCGGUGCUGAGUCCUCGGUUGCCAGCCUUCCAAUACAGCUCACACGUCAGCUUGCAGGCACCGAGCGGCCAUAUGUGGGGCACCUUCCGCAUGGAACGGGAGGAUGGCCACAUGUUCGAUUGCCGUAUUCCGCCCUUUUCCCUUGAGAGUAAACCCGAUGAUAGCGGCAAUUCUUCAGACGACACCCCCACGAAUCUAGGGGGAACAGGUGACUCCUCUUCUCUUUCGACACCAACGGGCCCAGGGGAUGGUAGCAAUUCCGGGGGACCCAGCUCAAAAAGUGACGUCUUGUUUUGAUGACGUUAAGGUAAUGUUAACCCCUUAUUUAAUAUUUUAUCUCUGAGAGAGUGUUUUGUCUUGAAACCUAUAUAUUGAAAUAAAAGUUAUCCCGGGAGCGACGAAUUCAGUGACGAUAAUUCUGCUGUUGUAAAUAUAAUUCAAAUCUCCAAUUAUACGACAUGUACCUACCCUCAGAAAUGCAAUUAGAUAAACUUUGCGAGUGGAAAUGAAA